AUGGCACCAACAGGCCUGCUCCUAGAGUCAGCACCCGCGAGUCCUGCACACUCUGAAAACUCCUCAUGCUAUACAGACCCAGGCAUCAAGGAGAUCGUGAAAACAUUACCCUCACGCAUGGACCUAGCUGCCAUGCUGGAAAAACACGAGGCUACAUUCCACACAAGACUGGAGGGCCUGGAAACCGAGGCCAAACAAGUAAGCCACUGGGUACAGGAACUAGAAGAGGACAGAGACAUGAUCCAUGCGCAGAUACAAAUACUGACCUCUAAGGUAGAAAAUCAAUCGCCAAAUUAUGCGUACAUGCAACGCUCAUUAGACGAUAUUGACAACCGGGGAUGCAGAAACAACCUCAGAAUAAGAGGCCUGCCAGAAACAGGAGGGGAGGACCUACCCGCCAUCUUGCCAGAGUUGUUUAACCUGAUACUUGGUAAGGCUGCAGACAUGCCAAUACUCUUUGACAGAGCACACCGCUCACUCAAACUUAGGAACACCGCAGACACACACCGUAACAUUGUAUGCAGACUGCAUUACUUUACCAUUAAAGAUGAGAUUAAUGACCACCCCCCGCUGAUUUACCACGGACAUGAAAUUCAGGUCUUCCCGGACCUAUCAUGGCUGACACUCAACGCUAGAAGAUCCCUCAAGCCCAUUACCGACCAACUGAGGGCUACAGGUACAGCAUAUGCAGAAACCUCAUAA